GUCUUUUCUAUAUAUUUCACAUUGAUAAUUGCACGAACUCCUUGCUAGGUUUAGCAUUCUUCGCAUGGCAGGGCGUUCUAGAACACCACUGUUGUUUCUUCUAGCGUUUCGGAUACGGCUACGUCGACGUCGACGUCGACCAACCAUACACAUUCCUCGAUUUGGAAAGACCCUGUUUUCUCGACGAUGCAGGACGUAGAUGGUACCGAGGAGAAUGGAGAUGAAUCGCAGUACCCCGGCCCAUCGAAGCUCUUUUUCAUCGUCCUUGGCCUGAACCUAGCGCUCUUCCUGGUGGGCCUGGACAAUACGAUCAUCUCGAGCGCCAUCCCCAAGAUAGCGGAUCACUUCCACGCGCUGAACGACCUCAUGUGGGGAAAGCUCUUCACCUUUUACUCCGUCAAAUGGGUGUUCUUGACGGGACUGUUCAUUUUCGAACUGGGAUCUUUGGUCUGCGGCGUGGCUCCCACAUCCACGGCUCUGAUCGUUGGCCGUGCUGUUUCCGGGAUUGGGGGAGGCGGUGUCGGGAUCGGAUGCUUUCUGCUGAUCGCGUACUCGUCCUUUUAUAUCAACCUGCCACUGGGCGCGAUUACAGCGACCAUCAUCGUCUUUUUUAUGAAGAGUCCGGAGACUCAGACCACCAGCGCCGUCGGCUUUCUCGACCAGCUGAAGCAGAUGGAUCCCCUGGGCUCCGCGACUCUUCUGCCUGGGGUUAUAUGUCUGCUGCUAGCGCUCCAGUGGGGAGGUACCACGUACGCCUGGCACAGCGGGCGUAUCAUCGCGCUCCUGGUCCUUGCUGGGGUCCUUCUGGUCACUUUUGCUAUCCUCCAGGGCAUGGGGUUCGGGCUGCAGUCGGCCUUCGCGCCGUGCCAGACGGUGCUUCCUCUGUCUGACAUCACCCUGGGAACAUCAGUCAUCAUGUUCUGUGAGAACCUGGGCGGCGCGAUCAUGGAGUCGGUGGCGACAAACAUGUUCACGAACCAGCUGGUCCGGAACAUCGCCAAGGAGGUGCCUUCCAUUGACCCGGAGACGGUGGUCAAUGCUGGCGCCACAGAACUGGCAAGUCAGGUGCCCGUGUCGCUGUACCCGGCGGUUCUCGUCGCGUACAAUAAGGCAGUGACACACACGUUCUAUGUUGGGCUGGCGGUCGCGUGUUGUGGUGUUCUGGGGGCGGCGGCCCUUGAAUGGGUGUCCACCAAGAGGGAGAAGGGGGGAAAGGCGGAGGAGACGGACGAGAGCAGUUCAUGA